UUUAGACUUACAACAUAGCGUGUCUUAUUUUCCAUUGCCGGAUUUGACAGGAGGUGAUAGGAGCAAAUCGGGAGAGGAAACAGAGGAAGAAAGUAUUGGAUCUGUAGACGAUGAAGAUUUGGAAGAAGUUAGUAGGCAAGAAGAAACUGGAAUAACCAGAAGGGCUAGAAAGGAAGGAGUCCAAGGCGUAAAAUUCUACCCGAUCGCAUUAGAGGAGCCAUUGCCGAUUUCUGUUUGGCAGCCGAGACCAAAUGAGAAGGAUGAUUUGCAUAUGAGAGUAGUAAUCAAUACAGCAGAAUUGGCUAAUUUAGGUUGCUUAAGUGGGAGUUGGGCAUUGAUUUGUAAUCCACUAAAUCAAAAUAGCAAAACACACAACUCUAGGCUUUGUCAAGUCUAUGGAGCAAAGUUGUCAAAAACACACUCUCCACCGUUGGCUUACAUGACACCACUUCUUUACUUCAAUCUCGGACUUAAUGAAGUGAGCUCUUCGAAUAAAAUGAUUGUAAUAAAACCAAUGUCUAAGCCGCAAGAUCCGCCUCCCGUAGCAGACAGCGUCGUUGUUGCAAGGGUCGCAUCUCCUGCUACAUCAGAACCGAUCUUCUUAUCCGCACUGUACGAAACUUUUAAGAGAUGGUUUGUUGAGGCUGAGCGAGUUGUUUGUGAAGGAGACAUUGUUUCUAUUCCAUUUGAUGAGGAGACUGUCCGUUUACGGCCGAAGAAACAGGGCAGCGAAGAUCUCGAAGAAAUACAAAUACCGACUGCACCUAGUCAAUCAACGACUGUUCUGCAUUUUAAAAUUACUGAAGUCAAAUCGUCCGUCAAAACUUCUCGACACAGACCGGGUAGACGUAUAAAUCAAAACAAAACCCUUCUAAACCAAGCUGGUCUUGAGCACUCUCGUGUUCCGUCCAUCAGACAUUACUACAAUAUCAAAAGCGAUGCUCCUUUAUGUCCAGGGUCAGGAUCACCAUUAACAUCUCGUGGAACACCGUAUUCCAAGCUAUACGAUCUUGUGUCUUCAUGUCUCGAUCCAAAAGCAGCAUCCCUGAACCUUACGUGUACCGUACUUGUACAUGGACCGCGCGGAUGCGGAAAAAAAACCGUUGUAGAAUGGGUUGCUGAGAGUGUCGGUGUUCAUUUGUACGAAGUUAAUUGUUUUGACUUUGCAGGUGAAAGUGAUACUAAGACUGAACAAUCUAUUCGCUCGAGAUUUAACAAGGCUCUUACGUAUUCGCCUUGUAUUUUUUUGCUCAAGCAUAUCGAUGCACUAGCAAGGAAGUCAGUUGCACUUGAAACAGGGCAAGAGCCAAAAGUUGCUAUCAUGUUGCAAGGUUGUUUUAAACAACUUCUCGAAGCUUUCAGGCGAAUUGGACACCCGGUACUAGUAGUUGGUACAACUGGGGACUAUGACAAAAUACCGGCUAGUGUCGUGGGCUGCUUCAGACAUGAAGUUGUAUUUGAAGCUCCGGAAGAACAAAUGAGGCUGGCUAUGUUGCAGCAAUUGACCAAAAACACUCCACUUGCACCCGAUGUCUCAUUGCGUACGUUAGCUACACAAACAGCGGCGUUAGUGGCCAAGGAUUUAGCUGGGCUAGUAGCUAGAGCAGGUUUGGCGGCUAAUGAGCGCAUCGAUAAGGCAAUUAGAACGAGUGGGCAAAACGUAGACGAUACGGAUAUAAUAAAGGCUGGCAUUACGUUGACAAUGGCCGACUUCGAUACAGCUCUUGGUCAAACACGCGCUUCUUAUUCUGACAGUAUUGGUGCCCCUAAAAUUCCUAACGUUACGUGGGAUGAUGUUGGUGGAUUGGCAGAAGUUAAGAGUGACAUUCUUGAUACUAUACAAUUACCACUUGAGCACCCGGAAUUGUUUGCAACCGGGAUGAAGAAGAGGACGGGCAUACUGUUAUACGGCCCGCCUGGCACUGGCAAGACGCUGCUCGCAAAAGCUGUUGCUACCUCGUGUUCUCUCAACUUUUUUUCAGUUAAAGGACCCGAAUUACUUAAUAUGUAUAUUGGUGAAUCAGAGGCUAAUGUUCGAAGGGUGUUCCAGCGUGCACGUGAUGCUAGGCCAUGCGUUAUUUUCUUUGACGAGUUGGAUUCCGUUGCCCCCAAAAGAGGAGAGAAGGGUGAUUCUGGUGGCGUUAUGGAUCGUAUUGUUAGCCAACUGCUGGCCGAAUUGGAUGGAAUGGGACAGGCUGGAAGCGCAUCCGAUGUGUUUGUUAUUGGAGCUACAAAUAGGCCUGAUUUACUCGACCCUGCAUUACUAAGACCUGGAAGGUUUGAUAAACUGUUAUACCUUGGCGUGAAUGAGGAUCACGAACAACAGUUGAAGGUCAUUCAAGCAUUAACGAGAAAGUUCCGAUUGCAUCCAUCGCUAGAGCUCCGUAAAAUAGCAGAGAAUUGUCCCUUUAAUUACACGGGGGCCGAUUUUUACGCUUUGUGCUCAGAUGCCAUGCUUAAUGCGAUGUCUC